UCUCCCAGAAAGCUCUAGUCCAACACGUCCCUCACCGCAAGUAAAAAACGAAAGAACCUUUAUUUUAUUGUUCUAACUGAAGAGCAGGGCGCUCGUGCGAUGUAUGUAACCGAUUGAUUGACGCAAUUUUGCACUUGCUGUUUCCGUUUGUGAAAUUGGAUCUGAGUUUCAGUUGAAGAGGAAAGAAAGUUUGCUGACGCAUUAAACAAAGAGGAUAAAGAAAAUGGCUGCCUUCAUCAAUCUACAUGAUUCCCCAAUGUUUCAGAAGGAGGGAUCAACAAGUUGCACAGAUAGAUGUAAAGGAAGCCAAAUGGUGGUGGAGGCUUUUGAGAUAUGUUCUCUAGAGCGGCUAGCUGAGGAGUUGAAUGAACGUUGCCAAAAACUUUGCAAAGGGUCCAGGAGAUAUAUGGCAACUCUUGGAGAUGCAUGUAUUGCAGACACCACUUUUGCUGAUUCUUUGGAAGCAUUUGGUGGUGGACAAGAUGACCCUGUCAGUGUAUCUAUAGGAGGUCCAGUAUUAUCCAAGUUUAUCAAUGCGUUUCGUGAGCUUGCCACUUAUAAAGAGCUUCUAUGUUCUCAAGUAGAGCAUGUUUUAAUUGAUCGACUGGUGCAAUUUAUGGAUGUUGAUCUCCGAGAGGCUAAGGAGUCUCGCAAACGCUUUGACAAAGCCAUUUAUGCUUAUGAUCAGUCACGUGAAAAGUUUGUUUCCUUGAAGAGAAAUACUCGUGGAGACAUUAUUGAAGAACUAGAAGAGGAUUUGCAAAAUUCAAAGUCAGCAUUUGAGAAAAGCCGCUUUAAUCUAGUUAGCGCACUUGUGAAUAUUGAAGCAAAAAAGAAGUAUGAGUUCUUGGAAUCUAUAAGUGCAAUUAUGGAUGCUCAUCUGAGAUACUUUAAGCUGGGGCAUGACUUAUUGAGCCAAAUGGAGCCAUUUAUUCACCAGGUAUUAACAUAUGCGCAACAAUCAAAAGAACUAGCUAGUAUUGAACAAGAUAAACUUGCAAAACGGAUUCAGGAAUUCAGGACUCAAGCUGAGUUUGACAAUAAUCGUUCUUCUAGUAAUAUAGAACCGUCAACAAGUGCUGAUGGCAUUCAUGUUGUUGGUAUGAGCUCUUAUGAAAACAUAGGAGCAAUUAUGCAGUCCUCUGCAAAUGGCGAAGUCCAGACAAUCAAACAAGGAUAUCUACUAAAGCGUUCUUCUCAUAGGGCAGAUUGGAAGAGAAGGUUCUUUGUACUAGACAGUCAAGGCUCUUUGUAUUAUUACAGAAAUAAGGCUGCCAAACCUGUGGGCUUCCAACAUCGCUCAACUGUCUCCGGUGAUCACAAUAGUAGUGUAUUUGCCAGAUUUCGUUCUAGGCAUAACAGGGCAUCAUCACUUAGUGAAGGAAGUCUAGAUUGCUGUAUAAUUGAUCUUCGUACUUCAGCACUAAAGAUGGAUGCAGAGGACACAAAUUUACGACUAUGCUUCAGAGUAAUUUCCCCACAGAAAACGUACACAUUGCAGGCUGAAAAUGGAGCAGAUAGAAUGGACUGGGUAAACAAAAUUACAGGAGUAAUUGCAUCUCUUUUCAAUUCUCAUUUUCUGCAACAGCCACAUCCAAGAAUGAAACAUCUGGAAAAUAAUGAGUGCACAAGUGAUGCUUCAACUGCAGUUCAACAACUAGAUAAUCAACCUAAUUUGGAUGGUAGUGUGGAAGUUAGUAGAGCUAAUUGUGUUUCUCGGAUUCUUAGAGAAAUUCCUGGAAAUGAAAUUUGUGCAGAGUGCAGUGCUCUUGAACCUGAUUGGGCUUCUCUUAAUCUUGGUAUAUUGUUGUGUAUUGAGUGCUCUGGUGUUCAUCGGAAUCUUGGCGUUCAUAUUUCAAAGGUGAGAUCUCUGACGUUAGAUGUCAAGGUUUGGGAACCUACAGUCUUGGACUUGUUCCAGUCUCUUGGUAAUGUUUAUUGUAACUCUAUAUGGGAAGGUUUGCUUCUGCUAAAGAACGAAAGAGAGGAUGAAUCAAAUUCUAUCGCAUCAUCAAUUCAAAAACCAUGCCCAAAAGACGCCAUUUAUUGUAAAGAGAAAUAUAUUCACACAAAGUAUGUGGAAAAAUUGCUAGUCAUCAGAGAAGCAAGUGUCUCUGGCAAUUUAUCUCACUCUUUGGGUAUCUGGCAAGCUGUCAAGACAAACAACUUCCGAGAAGUAUACCGCUACAUUGCAAUUUCAGACAUAAACAUUGUUAAUACAACUUUUGACGAAGUUUUUGGCGUGGAAUCGUUAAACCAUGUCAAUGACAUGCAAAAUCCCGAGUUCAAUUCUAAUGAAGCAGAUAGAAAACAAUAUGAUCCAGCAGCCUGUCAGAGAAUCAAAGAUUCAAAUGAUCAAGGGAAUUGUCUUCAAGGUUGUUCAUUGUUGCAUCUAGCAUGCCACUAUGGCAACCCAGUAAUGCUCGAACUGUUGCUGCAGUUUGGUGCUGAUGUCAAUUUGCGCGACUUCCAUGGAAGAACUCCUUUGCACCAUUGCAUUUCAAAAAGGAACUAUUCAUUGGCAAAGUUUCUGCUUCGAAGGGGUGCAUCUCCAUCAGUUAGAGAUUGUGGAGGGCAAAGUGUACUGGAAAGGGCAAUGGAAAUGGGGGCCAUAACAGAUGAAGAAUUAUUUGUGAUGCUAGCUGAAUGCCAAUAAAAAACGGUAAGCCAUUCAUAAUCAUUAUCUUCAACUUCAACAAAACUUACCGUCUUAUAUCUGUAAAGAUUAGGAAAUUUCCAACUGAUACACUUUGUAUUAAAUAUUUUUGAUUGAUUGUCGAUUUAUUUGCACUAAUUGUAACAUGUAAUUCUGUUUGCACCAAAAGUCUGGACUGAAACAUUGAAGCACUGGGAGAAAUUGAUAACGAACUAAUCUGUUGUCACAUUUUUAUGUGUGCAUUAGGAUCUCGAAGUACUUUAAUUUAGUGGAAUUUGAUUUACAAUAAAUAAUGGAUUAUUCAA